GUUGUCAUGGCAACAAACAGAAUUGAAACUUUGGAUCCAGCCUUGAUCAGGCCCGGUCGCAUUGAUAGAAAAAUUGAGUUCCCACUUCCUGACGAGAAGACCAAACGUCGCAUCUUCACGAUCCACACCAGCCGCAUGACACUGGCUAGUGAUGUCAACAUUGAAGACUACGUCAUGUCCAAGGAUGAUCUGUCAGGGGCUGAUAUCAAGGCCAUCUGCACAGAAGCUGGUCUGCUGGCGCUGCGAGAACGACGCAUGAAGGUUAUGAAUGAAGAUUUCAAGAAAGCCAAGGAAAAUGUUUUGUAUCGUAAAAAUGAAGGAACUCCUGAGGGACUUUAUCUGUAA